UUAAGCAACAUGCAUUUUUUUCACUGUGUGUAAUGUAUGAAUUUCACUUUUCAUUGGUGAAAAACAAAACCAUGGAAUCAGAACACUGUCUCUCACACAGGAAACAUAUUUGUCAAACAUAUUUAAAAUCUCUUCAUUUCUUUCUAUCACAAAACACUUCAUUUACUUUUCUCAAACAAACACCUCUUCACUGUUUUUACUUACUUGCAUCAAUCACUUAUGGCUCUACCUGCUACAUCUUAUCAUCUACAUGGACUUAAACUUGCAACAAUAUUCACUGUGCUUUUCAUCUUUUUCUUCUCCAUAUCAGGUGCAUCAGUGAUGUUGGAGAAAAAUGAGAGUAUGGAAGAAAGGAAAAUGGUGAUAGGAUCAAAGCCUCCUUCUUGUUUAAACAAGUGCAUGAAUUGUAAGCCUUGUGUCGCAACUUUGGUUAUUCCAAAUAAUAAAAGAAGAAAUAAGGGUUUCCAACUCUUAUCUCGUGGUGAUCAAGAUGAGACCUAUUAUCUUCUAACAUGGAAAUGUGUUUGUAGAAAUAAGCUCUAUCAACCUUAAUUGAUUAUUGCUAUCAUUAUUUGUUACCAUUAAUUAUUCGUGUAUGAAUGAAGAAAGAUAUCAGGUUAAUUUUUUGUAUUUUAUGUGUAUCCACUUUUGCGAUAUAUUAUAUAUACAUAUAUUUUAAUUGGAAGUUUAUUGUUUCAAAUUUAA